AAAUUUUAUACAAUUGAUUCGCGCACACUUGAUUUGUGUGCACGACGAAACGCGUUUUUUAGAAUAAGCUCUAGAAAUUUUUCUUAAUUAAAAAACAAAUAUUCAAAAAAUUCUACACAAAUUAUUUUUUCGUCUCGAAUGCGCGUGCGUAUGAUAAUAGCAGGUUUAGUGUUUUGUGUGUAAAGUGUUUGAAAACUUCAUGUUUUCGUUAAGCAAAUACCACAGUAGCAAUAAUAAUAACAACAACAAAGUGCAAUUAUAUUGUGAUUUUACAAAGACUACACGUAGAACUAAAAAAUACGAAAAUUCAUUGACAUAACGAAAGCUUCAAUUUGUCCCAUUCUGUUUGAAAUCAAACAAAGGUGUUGGUAAUAUAAAUAAAUAUAGUAAAACUAUAUUAUUUUGCUGAUUUAAAUAAAUAAAAGCGAAUAAAAAUAAGUAAAUUGAAGGAGCGGCAGACAAAAGCUAAAUAGUAAACGCCAUAAUCAUUUCAAUAAACAAGUGCAAAACGAAAGAUCGAUAAACAAAAAUUCUAAUUGAUAUUUUCGCCGCUACCUACACCAAAGUCAUCGACUAUUUUAUUUUACUUUUUAGUAAAUAAAUAGUUGUACUGCAGUAACGCAUAGACGGAAAGUUUGAAAACAAACACCGCCAACCAACACUCAACCAUAUUUUUUUUGGUGAUUCAUUUCACUUCUUCAAUUUUCCUUAUUUAAUUUUAUUCGUCUCGAUUCAAGCGAGAGAAAAGCCAACAAAAAACCGAACUCAUAGAAUGGUAGAAGGUGAUUCGAUUAAGAAUAAAAGUGAUUCCUAUAAUGUAGAGGCUGGCAUCCAACCAAACUACAAUAGCAGCAGAAACAACUCGAUCGACAAUCGUUCCAUUCUACAGCCCUAUUCAUUGGGCAGUGGCGGCAAAGAUCCCGAAUAUCAAUUUGCAGCAGUCAAUAAGGGUUACGAGACGGACAUAAGCAGCGCUGGCGGUGAUAAGCAUGACGUAGAAAAGGGUAAUGCGGCCGUCAUUGAGGUCACCAAUGGUGGUGUAGUUGCCAACAAUAUAAAUGGUGGCGGCAGCGGCGCUAAUGGUGGUGGCCACAAUGGCGGAGGUGCUGGCGGUGCCCCAAACGAUGGUCGACGUUCGACUGGCGUACGGGCCGGUUUUGAGCAGGCCAUCGAAUUAUGCGGUUAUGGUAAAUUCCAUUAUAUACUACUUGCCAUUUGCGGUCUGGUGAGUACCAGUGAGGAAAUGGACGUCAUUUCAAUGUCGUUCAUUCUACCAUCGGCUGAAUGUGAUUUGAAUUUGGAUACGACCACAAAGGGUUGGCUCAAUUCGAUUAUAUUCAUUGGUAUGAUGGUGGGUGCCUAUUUCUGGGGUAGUAUCGCUGAUGCGGUGGGUCGCAAGAAGGUGCUCAUCGUGAUAUCAUUUAUGAAUGGCUUUUGUAUUGUUGCAUCGUCAUUUUCGCAAACCUACACGUGGUUUAUGCUGUUUCGCUUUCUCAACGGUGCGGCCCUCGGCGGCAGCGGUCCGGUCAUUUGGUCGUACUUCGCCGAGUUCCAGCCGAAAUCGAAACGUGGCUCCAUGCUGAGUUUCAUGGCUGCCUUUUGGACUUUUGGUAAUCUCUUCGUUGCCGGCUUGGCGUGGUUGAUCAUACCCAGCAAGAUCGGCUUCCAUACGGAUUUAAUUACAUACAAUUCCUGGCGUAUUUUCUUGAUGGUGUGCGCACUGCCAUCAUUCAUUGUCGCCUUUCUGCUCUUCUACCUGCCCGAAUCGCCGAAAUUCCUGCUGACCAAAGGCAAACAGGAGCGUGCGAUGGCCAUCUUCCGUGGCAUCUUUGUGACGAACACCCGCCGACCGGCCGAGCAAUAUCCCGUUGCCGAGUUGGAUAUUGAUGAGAAGCUAUUGGCUGAGAUUAAAGAGAAUCAGGCUGGUGUUAAGGGCAAAUACAGUAAAAUGAUGUCGAGCAUGGCGGAACACAGUAAACAAUUGUUCACUUCGCCAAUUCUCAAAUUCACACUCGUCUCCAUAAUUAUCAAUUUCACCUUUCACAUCGGUUACUACGGACUGAUGAUGUGGUUCCCUGAGUUAUUCAAUCGUUUCGAGGAAUACGAAAAUAUUCAUCCCAACAAGCAGGCCGACGUCUGUGAGGUGACCAAGUUUGUUGUGAAUCACAUCAAAAAUAGCACUGACAGCUGCUCAGCUGAUAUACCGCAGAGCGUUUUCCAAGAAUCGCUAGUGUCCUUGGCCUCCGCACUGCCCGCCAAUUUGAUUGCCAUUUUGGGUAUGGACUUGUUGGGUCGCAAAUUCUUCCUUAUCUUCGGCACAAUGACGGCUGGCGUUUGCUCAGCUGCCAUGUAUUACGUCAUGAACUCGACACAGAAUUUGAUUGUGACAGCUGUGUUUAGCGGUGCCAUUUCAGCGGCUAAUGCGGCGCUCGACUGUCUCAUCACCGAGGUCUUCCCGACACAUUUGCGCGCUACCGGUGUGGCUAUAUCUAUGGUGGCGGCGCGUAUGGGUGGCAUCAUUGGUAAUAUUGUGAUUGCCACACUCUUGGAUCACUAUUGUCCAGCACCGACGUUCAUUGUGGCCGCGCUAUUGAUCGGCGGCGGUCUCAUGUGUUUGAUGUUGCCCAACACGACGCGCAAAGAAUUGAAUUAAGCGGAGAGAACGUGGAGGUGGUGAGGAAUGCGGAAACUUGUAGAAAAAGUGAAGAGUGGAAGAGUAGCAGAGUAGAGGGGAAGUGGUGGUGGUACGAGUUUAAUU